AUGCCCAAGUGGAAUACCGAGGAGCCUGUAUUGGUCAACACCAAGGAGCCGUACGCCCUACGCUCGGCUCUGGGUAACAAGGACAGUGCCAAUACCAACACGCCUCCGACCCGCAAGACCCUCAAGAAGAAGGUUAGCUGGGAGGACGACAAGGACAUCUCCCGCCUCACCCCACGCGCAUACACCACAUACACCCCUGUCCCCUCGGCUCGCUACUCGCCUGAAUGGUAUCCUCCCGAGUACAACUCUGGCCGCCCACACCACCACCCGCUCCAUCCGCACGCCGACGCCGACCGCCACCACACAGCCCUCAGCACCCACACCCACCCGCCACUCACGUAUCCUCCCUCCCCGCCUUACACCACCUCCCACCCGCGUGCCCCUCCCCCCACCCCUACCCCCUCUGCCCCUUCCAUGUGCAGGACCCCCGUCCCCAAACUCCAGAGAAAGCGUGCCACCAGCCACGAGCUCGACGGCUACCUCCCAGGCGAGACGCACGUCCAGCACGUCUUCCGUACCGGCCCCCAGCUCCCACCUCGCCCCCGGCUCUCCCGCUCCCCCAUGUGGAGUGCCACCCCAGGCCGCAUGAUUGACGCGUACUCGUCCGACCCCGAGGGCUUCGCACUCGCACUCGUCCCCGUCCGGCACUCGUGGAACCCCACGCCGAGCCGCGACCUCAUCAAGGGUAUCCGUGAGAUGGACGCAAUGUGGCAGGGACAGCCGACCGACAGUGGCAGUGACAGUGACAGUGACAGUGACGGUGUCAGUGACCCUUCGCCACUUGUCAGCACUGAGGGAACGGAGGGUGCGGCCGAGAAUGAAGAGAGCGGCCCCGGGGGUGCCCUGGGACUGACGCUGGGACCCGAGGCAGCCAAGCCAGAGCCCGCCAGCACGGGUGAGGGAUGGAGGACCGUACGCCCGCUCCGCUCGUGGAAAGUGUAG